CGGACAGAAUUUUGACCUAACAGGGUCUGCGUUUUUCUUCGGGUCUUCCAAAACUGUUGUUGGACCCCGUCGCCUGUCAGCAGCCUCUGUUGCAGAGCAAAGAGUGGAAGAUGUACGACUGAUUCGAGAUCAGCAUCCAACUAAAAUACCAGUGAUCAUUGAAAGGUACAAGGGAGAGAAGCAGCUUCCAGUUUUGGAUAAGACCAAGUUCCUGGUGCCAGAUCAUGUCAACAUGAGCGAGCUAAUCAAAAUUAUCAGGCGACGCCUGCAGCUGAACUCCAACCAGGCGUUCUUCCUCCUGGUGAACGGACACAGCAUGGUGAGCGUUUCCACACCCAUAUCCGAGGUGUACGAGAGCGAGAAGGACGAGGAUGGCUUCCUGUACAUGGUGUACGCCUCUCAGGAGACUUUCGGAGUGCAAUCUUCUGUCUAAGACACGCAAGCGGCUUCUAGCCUAGGAUUUUGGUUUACCCUUGGCCAUCACCCCCACUCUUCCCCACACACACCCCAGGGAAAGAAACGGAUGUCACCUACGCUCUCGGUACCUUAGCAUAGUCUUGCUUUAGCAGGUGUCUCAUCUUACCUUGCCUUGUUUGUGACGAUUAAACAGCACAGACGAGCACCUCCAGCUUUGAAACCUGCCGUAAUAUUCCACACAGGCACAUUUACGUUUCGGGACUUGAUGAAUGGAACCCAAUUGUGAUGUGACAAUUGCAAACAAAGGGACACUCGAUUGACUUCUAACAAGCAAACAGGCACCAGGGAGGAGCUAAAGUGUUCCGUGUGACAGUUUUCUGGAAAAUCUCCCUAUGAUUCCUUAAAGCUAUUUGUUUCUUUUUUUUUUUUUUUUUUUUAAAUGGGAAGGCUUCUCAUGAGAGCAAAUAUGUUCUAAUGUUCCAAAGCUUUGUCUUCUGCAGCUCGAUGAGACCCGUGUCAGUGCUGCAGCGAGUUAAGGCAAGCGCCUGGGGUGAGCUGGGGGAGUACAACUCUUUUUGUGUCCGUAUUUUGUGGCACUGCGACCUUAGGAGCGGUGCCGCUUUCUGAAAUACUCAUACCAAACACCACAGCUUUAUUGUAGUUUUGGGAAGUGUUUAACUGUAAAAUACACACCCGGACAGGUAACACUGAAAUAAACUCCAGUCUGUUAUGAAUUUCCAAUGCUUGUGUGUUCGGUGAAACACUGUUGUUCAUAUGAGCUUGCUUCCAAAAGAU